AAAGGCAGACAGCAUUAUCUUGUUUUAUUGGACUCUAACACCCAGAAUCCCCCCUCCUCCACAUUGGAGUCCAAAGAAACAAAACACAAAAACAGGGAGGUUUUCUCCUGCAAAACCCUGUUGGUGCUUAUUCAGUGCUUAAACCGGUUUGGAUCCCGUCCCUUCCGCACUGCAGAAGCGAUGCGCAUUAAACCCAGCAUCUCUUGUUUAAAGUCCAUGAAAGAUGGAUGGGGAACAGAUGUCUCUCUCUUUCCAACCCCGCCCCUCCCAGGGGUUCUCUUCCCCUCCAGCCAAUGAGCAACCAGUCCUGGCUUUUUAAUAUUCAUGAGGAGUCGGAGUGGCCAAUGGGAAGCUUGGGGGCGGGGCUUAAAGGGAUGCAGAUUAGCUAUAUAGGAGCAUCAUCCUGCAGAGCAUCAGUAGCAGAAGGAGUUGCAGUAACUGAAGCGGACAGAAGGGGUCGGUAGUGAGCAGCCUGCUUUGCAAGCAAUGCAAUGGUUAGAGCAGCUCCAGGUGAGAGUUUUCCCCCUUGAAUGUGAACCCAGAUGGACAUGAAAUAAGGAGAGGAAUGGGCCAGCUUUUUUCCACACCUGGAUUUGCACCCAGCUCCAAGAAAAAAGAAGGAUCUUCUUGCAAAGAAAAGGAGAGGAAUCCUCUAUUGAAGGGCUGAAGCAAUGGCCAUUGCUAGAUGGCUGAAGAGCGGAUGCAGUCUCUGACCGUGAUUCGGCCCUUGCACCCGCGCCAACCUGGGAGAUAGAAAGAGUGGUCUGCCUCCUUUAUUUAAUGCCAUAAACUGGAGUCCUUGCACUGGAAGACCCAUCAAGCGGUGGGGUUUUGACGUAGUUCCUCAACCCAGUGCUGCUCAUCCACGUUUCUAGUGGUUUCCCAAACUCUUCCUUCGCCCGCCAUCCAUUGGACCUCCAUUUUGUCCAAAUCUUCUUCCUUCUUCUCUCCUUCCUUUAGCCAUUCACUCUCUCUCUCUGGUAUUCUUGCCUCCAUUUUCUCCAAAUCUCCUUCCUCCAUCUCUUCUUUCUUCACCUGUUGACUUCUUCUCUGGUUUUCUUGUCUCCGUUUUCUCCAAAUCUUCUGCCUCCUUCUCUUCUUUCUUUACCCAUUGACUCCUUCUUUGAUUUUCCUGCCUCCAUUUUGUCCAAAUGUUCCUCCUCCUUUAGCCAUUGAUUUCCUCUCUGUUCUUCUUGCCUCCCUUCUUCUCUUCCUUCUUCACCUAUUGACUCCCUCUUUGAUUUUUUCUGCCUCCAUUUUCUCCAAAUCUUCUUCCUCCUUAGCUGUUGACUUCCUCUCUGGUUUCCUUGCCUCCAUUUGGACCAGCCAAAUCUUUUUCCUCCUUGAGUAGCCAACUUCUUUCUCUCCCUCCCCAUCCUUCCUUCCCUCUCUCUCCCACCAUCUUUCCACUUCAAGCCAUGAUGCUAAAUUCAGACCAGACGGAGACUGACCUCCAGCCCACCCAUUCGGAGACGGAGUCGGUCUUCAGCGACUGCGGAGGCGGACAAGGGGUCGGAGCGGACGAGGCGGUUGCCCACAGCUUGUGUGCCCAGUCCCGGGUGGCCGAAUCUGGCGAUGCCAUGAAGAAGGACCUCCAGCACCUCAGCCGAGAAGAACGGAGGCGGAGGCGCCGCGCCACGGCCAAGUACCGAACGGCCCACGCCACGCGGGAGAGGAUCCGGGUGGAGGCCUUCAACAUGGCCUUUGCCGAGCUCCGCAAGCUCCUGCCCACUUUGCCCCCGGACAAGAAGCUCUCCAAAAUCGAGAUCCUGCGGCUGGCCAUCUGCUACAUCUCCUAUCUGAACCAUGUGCUGGACGUUUGACCCUCUGGAGGGACGGCGGCAGUGGUCACCUCCUGGUCUGAUGUCCAUUGCAGCCAACCCAACCAUGUCUCACGUUCUUCCUCUGGCCUCGAUUUCUGCUUAAGGAACAUUGUGGUCUGCAAACGUCCAUCAGUGGCAAGAGUUUGGACUGGAUGACCGUUGAGGGUUUCCAUCCGACUCUUUGGUUCUUAAAAAGCAACCCUCCGACGUUUCUGCCUUCCUGCUUCAUCUCCAGAACAGAGAGCAAAAUGGGCAUCUGGUUUUAUGUUUUGAACUGGUUCUCAUCAUAAUUCCUUGUUCCACCUUCGGCCAACAGAACGAACAGCCAAGCCAUCGGUUCUAUACGGUUUUGCACUUGGAGCCACAACUCGGGGGCUUCGAGGAAACAGUGGAGAUGAAACACUGACCCCCAUUUCAAGGAUUUGGGGUCUGUUGCAUGGGACAGCAAAAUGGCAUGCGUCCUUUACCUGGGAUGCCUCAAGUAUUCCUCCCGACGGGAUUUUCCUUUUCCAAAAGGACUUCCAAACAUUUCUUUCUCUGUGUGUGUAUAAAUGUUUCUGUGUGUGCUUCACAGUUGCGUCAGGUUCGUACCCAACUUCCACGCUACACAGUCAUAGCAUUGCAAUUCCUCUCCAACUGUCCUGCGGAAUCCUGGGAUUUGUAGUUUGGAGGAGGCACAAGAACACUUUGCCUUAAACUGCCAAUCCCAGGAUGUCCCCAUAGAAGUUAAAGCGGAACUGUAGCACUCUAACUGCGUAGUGCGAAAGGGUCCCCAGUAGCUCCCAUCUUGUGCAAUUGUGAGAUUUGUAGUUCAGGGAAAGGGUGAGUAGGAUUUUACGUUAGAGAGAGCUCUAGUGCACAUUUCCCCUCCAUGAACUACACUUCUCAAUGAAUCCUGAAAAGGGAUGGGAGAUUAAAUCCUUGGCAAAUGUAGUACAGAGGGGGAAACUAGGACUCUACAGUAGAGAAGUGGAAGUACAGAUCCCAUCGCUCCUUACAAAAGGAUCCACGGUCAAUCUGCUACAACUCUGUACUCCUGUAGCAGAGGUUUCAAAGUCCCUCCAACUACAAAUCCCAUUGUUCUUUAGGACGCAGCCAUGGCAGUUAACAUGGGAUCAAAUUGCAACAACUCGGUGGUGUGGAGCACUCUAGCAAAGAACCCCCAAACCCUGUCUCAAACUAUGAAUCCCAGCAUCCCUUAAGAUGGAGCCAAGAAGGUUAAAGUGGAACCAAACUGCUGCAACUCUGUGGUGCAGAUACCCCUUGGGUUUCAAUGGGCACUUUUCAGUGUGUAGAAAAUAUUGAAGAUCUAAGUGUAAUACAGUUAAAAACGAUCAGGUUGUUUUUCUUGGGGUGCAGAUAGGGGAUUGGGGGAUCCCAUAACAGAAUUCCCUUUAAGACCCCUUUGUACCCAGCCUGACUUGUCUGGGGCUCUCAGCCCUAAAGUCAGCAGCUGCAAAAUUGCAAGCAAACCUAUAAAUAUGGAACCAGGAGGUGCAAAGAGAGACGUUUCUGCAGGUUUGGUAUCAUGGGUACCAUAGAAUGGGGAGAAGAUGUGCGCUUACUCAGGAGUAAAUGCAACUGAAUGCACAAAAGGCUCUUCUGAGUAGACUUUGUGCUGGUAAGAGUCUUCAUGAUCUGUUGUCAUGUGCCUUCAAGUCAUUUCCGACUUAUGACGACCCUAAAGUGAAUUUAUCAUGGGGUUUUCUUGG